AUGGAGACAAAUGCUCAAGUUUCUCCCAUACUUUGUCUUCAGAACAGAACCCAUUCCCAUCACUGCUUGGAAACGGUGAGCAGUGUUCUUCCUCCGCUGAAGAAUACUUGCACCUCUUAUGGCUCCUCUCGUCAUUAUUCCUCACUCCACACUCCAGAAGCUCGUAUUGGUCAUGACCGGAACCUCACGGUAACACACAACCUAGGAAACUUUGGAGGAGUUGGUCUCUUGCUUACGAUAGUGACUGGUCUAUUUGGAAUCAACGUAGAUGGGAUAUCAGGAGCUAAAGAUUACUCACAAGCCUUUGCGCUUUUCUCAGCGAUUCUUUUCUUCUCGGGUUUGGUGUUAGUGGUCGCAGCUUUGCUCUACCUUGGACUCAAGGAGCCAGAGGCAGAUGAGAAUGUGGAAAAUAGGAAACUAGAACUUGACGAAAUGGUCAAGAAGUUUCAACGAGAAGCUGAGUCUCAUGCUCAAGUUUGCCAAAAAGUUCCUCAGAACUUGGAACGCACGGCCAAAGCAGCAGAGAAAUAUGUGAAUCUUUACUCUUUAGUCAGACCAGAUAAAUUCGGUCUAUGUUUGUAA